AUGACCAAACCUAACACGGACACUGAAAAUAUAUUGGAGAAGAACACAGAAAACGAGAAACCGAACGAAAAAUCAAGUACGCUCCACAAUCAUCCGAUAUUUGUCGAGUACUGUAACGCACAUUUACUGUACCCGAUCGCUGAAUUGGAAAAAUGGAAGAAAAAGCUACAAAUCAUGAGGUCUAGAACGGACAAUCAAUUUAAAACCAACAUUAUACCUUUGAAAAGACUUACAGACGACGAACCUUUACACGAAGUGUUUAGAAAUAUAAUGGAUAAAGAACUGGACAUUUUUCCCGUCGACGAUGAACGCGUGACUAGUAAGUAUCUAUAUAUGCUGGGAACCGAAUUGGCAAGUGAACUAUCGAGACAUAAAAUAAUAGUGUGUUCAAAGUUGAACUCAUAAAUCGACUUAAAUUAAUUUAAAUCUAAUUUCUAAUAAUAUUUCACAUGAUUGUUUUACUAUCACAAUUUUGAUCGAUAUUAUGGAAAAUGGCAAAUAAGACUCUAAUUACAUUUUUAAAUAUUAUAUUAUAUUAUAGUAUUCGCUGGGAAUUAUUUUUCUACUCAAAAUGAAAAUCUUGAAAUGUACGUUUGACAAACGUAAUUACUUAAUGUACAGGGUGUAAUACAAAGAUCUGGCACUUGAAAUAACAUAAGUUAUGUUUAACAUAUUAAGGGGUUUUUUUUUUGUAAUAUUUUCCAGAAUCUUGCGCUAUGGUUCUUCUAUUUUGUAUGUUUUGAAACAAAAUUUAUAGGCUAACAAGUAUUUAAUAAUGAUAAACGAUAUUAACGAUUGUUAAGGUUCUACAAUUUUUUUGAAUCUUAAAAAAAUGUUUUUUCCGUUGGCAAAUUAGUAAAUCAAUUGUUACAAUUCAGUAGUAGUAAUGAAACCAAUUUAAAUUAUCGUAAGCUUAAGAAAUGUAUAGAAUAUUAAUUAUCGUUAUAGCAAACGUGAGUAACAUUGAAUUUAUUUUUCAAACUAUAUAAUAUAACGGCAAUCUUGGAUUUUAUACAUAUCAUUUUUUUUUUCAUAAUUUUAAAAAACAAGUAAUAUAAUAACGCAAAACUAUAUAUUAUUACAAGAUCUCGAAUGGAAAAUUCGAUAACUUCGGUGUGUUACCUACUUAUAAUAUGUAUUUGGGGCCUGUGAAUUACCAUAAAAAUAGGUAUUUGUCUACCUUCAGAAACUUAAAGUAAAAAAAAAAAUAAAAAAAUAAUAAUUUUUAGAUAAAACACCGGCAGCUGCUGAAGAAAAUCAAAAGUCGGCUAAAAACCAGACGGAAAACGAAGUAAAAUCUGUUCCUGCUACAAAUUAUAACGUCUCUACGGUGAACUACGAAAUUUGGAAGACUAGCGUACCUGUACAAAAUAAAAAACCCAAUCAAUCGAAUGCCAGCACCAUUAGUGAAAAUGCCAACUGUUUAAUCGCAGAAAAAAAAUCCGUUCAACAAGUAAUCAACAACGCUACGCUAACUAAUAAUGCAUUAAAGCCGUCAAAAAAGAAAAUUAAAAUCCGUAAAGACACUGCAGUGGUGCAUGUUGAUAAAAAAAAAUAA